CACACUGAGGCUCUGAACACCUCCUCUUCACUUGGUUGUGACUUUUUGUUUUUCCAGUGAGAGACUGUCCAUACUUUGUGUGUGUUGCUCACACACCGUUGCCUCCUGGCCUCGUCCCCACUCUGAGGAGAAUCCUGGACUGAAUUUAUCACCUGGCCUGCUGCUGUCAGUAGCCUCCAUCACUCAGAACUGCCCCGUCCUGUUGCCCCUCAGAGGAAGUAGUUGAGGAUGGCUCUCAACGUGCCGGGUCUGGUGGUGAUGGCCGGAUUCUACCUGCUCAUCCUGGGCACGGGCAUCUGGGCGUCCAUGCGCUCCAAGAGGGAGGAGAAGAAAUGCUCGGGGGACGGCAUGGAGAUCACACUGCUGGCCGGACGCAACAUCAACCUGCUGGUCGGCAUCUUCACUCUCACCGCUACCUGGGUGGGUGGAGGCUUCAUUCUUGGCAUCGCUGAGGCAACAUACAACCCGACGCUGGGCGCAGUGUGGGCUCUCAUGCCGGUGCCGUACAUCGUGACCUUCUUCUUGGGUGGCUUUUUCUUCGCUAAGCCGAUGAGAGAGAACAAGUACGUGACCAUGAUGGACCCGUUCCAGAAGAAGUACGGGAACGUCCUGGCGACGGCGCUCAUCUUCCCGGCGCUGGUGGCCGAUGUGCUGUGGGUCGCUCGCACCCUCGUCAGCCUGGGUGGGACCAUGGCCGUGAUCCUGGACCUGUCCUACGUCUACUCCAUCAUCGUGUCCUCGGUGGUGGCCAUCAUCUACACCCUGCUGGGGGGGCUCUACUCUGUGGCCUACACCGACGUCAUCCAGCUCAUCCUCAUCUUCAUCAGUCUGUGGGUGUGUGUUCCCUUCCUGUUGACCAACCCUCACUCUGUGGACAUCUCGCUGACGGCCUACAACCAGACCUUCCAGGCCCCCUGGGUCGGCACGGUGGAGCUGGACCAGGCUGGAAAGUGGUUUGACGACUUCAUGCUGCUGGCGCUGGGCGGUCUGGCCUACCAGGCCUUCUACCAGAGAAUCCUGUCCGCCUCGUCCUACACUCAGGCUCAGGUGACCUGCUUCGCCUCCUCGGCCUUCUGCCUGGUGCUGGGCAUCCCCUCCAUCCUGGUGGGGGCAGUGGCUGCUUCCACAGACUGGAACUCCACCAGCUACGGGUUGCCCACCCCGUACGAGCGAGACCAGGCGGGCUCCAUCCUCCCCAUCGCCCUGCAGUUCCUCACGCCGCCGUACGUCUCCAUCAUCGGCAUCGGAGCGGUGGCCGCUGCCGUCAUGUCCUCCAUGGACUCGGCCCUGCUGUCGUCUGCGUCGCUGUUCUCCUCAAAUAUCUAUAAGAACAUCUUCAGGAAGCAGGCGUCGGACCGUGAGAUGCAGUGGGUGAUCCGGAUCUCGGUGGUGGCGGUGGGCGUGGCCGGCACGGCGCUCACCUUCCUGGACAGCAGCGUCCUGGUCUUCUGGCUGGUGGGCGUGGACAUGUCCUACACCAUCAUGUUCCCCCAGCUGGUCUGCAUCCUCUUCUUCAAGGUGUCCAACGGCUACGGCGCCACGGUGGGCUACCUGAUGGGGAUCGUCAUGAGGAUCCUGAGCGGCGAGCCCCUCAUCGGCCUCCCGCCCGCCAUCAAGUUCCCCGGCUGCCGGCCGGACGCCGAGGGCAAGAUGACGCAGUACUUCCCCUUCCGCACCGCCAUCAUGGUCAUCUCGCUGCUGUCCAUCCUGCUCUUCUCCUGGCUCACGUCCAUCGUCUUCAACAAGGGGCUGCUGUCCGAGAAGUGGGACGUCUUCAAGAUCAAACGCAGGCAGAAGCCGACGGCCAAAGCGCCCGACGCGCACCGGGCCAACCCCGAGGACGCGUCGGGGGCCAAGCAGCUCCUGGACACCAGCAGCUGCUGAGGAGGCCCAGCUGCCUCCGUCCGUCUGUCGCAAGAUUCAUAUGUUAAAUCAGCCCCUCCUCACAAACAAUUGUACUACUUUAAUAUCUCCGUUAUUCCCUGAAGUGGAAACUCUCAGCACAAAACCAUUUAAAACCCUCUAAAAACAUCAUAACGCCUCCCGGAAAUACAACGUUACCUCCUGAUCGCCUUAAUCCUCCUUAAAAACUAAAGACAGACUUGUAUAUUUGUACAAAUAGAUACUGUGUUGGGUAGAUUUUUACGUUCUCUGAUCAGUUCCCACAGAACACGUCACUUCCUCCUGAGGCGACGAGCUGAAGGAUCCAGAACCAAUCAAAUCCAGAGGAGCCUGUUUUCAUGAUCCGACUCCAGCUUCGCCGCGGACCUGCAGUCGACCUGCAGCCAAACAUCUUCACCCGUCUGCUCCGGCAGAAACCUCAUCAGAGACUUUUUGGGUGUUUUUGAUACUUUUUAUUCUCUUUCUCGUCAAUCGGUUGUCUCAAACUCCACUGUAGUGAGAAACGUUCAGGAGAAACCAGAAAGAAUCUGGUGGAUGAAAGUGACAAGCAGCUCAUAAUUCCAGGCAUUUCAAGGAUACUUUUUGUGAUUUUUCUCUCCAUUCAGAACUCUUGAAAUAUCUUGUGUGAGUCGUUCUUUCUCAUUUGUCGUUCUGGGUUGAUCAGUGUUCAGCUGAGCUCCAGAGGAUCCUCUUCAACACUAUUCAAAUACAGCAUAAAGCACCUUUAAACACCAAGUUCUCCUGUUUCUGGACUGUUCAAUAGAACUUAUUGUGUUCAGAGUAGAAGCCUGAACGUGAAUUUAAUAGCACUGAAAGUUCACCCAUCAUCCUCCUCAUCUUCCUCUUCCUCCUCCAUUCCUCCUCCUCACCUGUUUGUGUACAUGCUCUCUGCUAAGCUGUGGGAUCAUUUUAUUUCCUCUGAAAAUGAAAAGAAUUAAGAGCAAAGUUUGAAAAAUGAGUCUUGAGUAGAGAGUCCUGCUGCUGAGCGUCACUGGAAACGGCUUCAUCUCACAUCAUUUCUUCAUCCUGGAGCUGAAAAUACCUCGCAGGGUUGUAAUGUCGGCUUUAAGUGAACAAAGCUUUAACCGGUCUGCCUGUCUGACCUUUUCCGAUGUGUGAUUUCUUACCUGUAUUAUACUCUUAUACUGUAAAGUGAUUUGUAUAUUUACACUUUUUAUUUCUUAUUCAAGUUGUUUGCUAUGCCUCCAGUAGAAGAUUUCUAUCUUAAGUUAGCAACUUUUCAAAUAAAGAAGAUAAAUUCACCUUUUGAUUUAGCAGAACAUGAAUAUAAAUGUUGAUUUUUCUCCUCCUCUUGUUGUUCAGAGUGUAAACUCAUGGCGGCGCCUCGUCGAUGGGCGCUACAGACGUUUACUGUCAGUCGUCUAUCAGCAGGUCGAUCGAUGCUCAGAUCGAUGUUGAGUUUCCGCUCUGAUGUGUAUUUGGUUUUAUACCAGGAUGGGUGUUGGUCGUUAACUGUUUGUGUCCUGAACGUUCUCUCCUGCCGCCUGGUGAGGUCCUACUUCGUAUACGGUGAAUGUAAAUCCCCAUGGGGUGAUGUUCUGUCAGAAAUAAAGGAUGAAAC